UCAGACUCUUCGCUCCCAAAGUGACAUUCAGAAUAAAAGAGAGGCCUUUAUUUUGAAAAGCAGGUGAAAUGUAAAAGAGCAGGUCUGACCAGCACACAAGCGACGUACACACCAGAAGACGGUCACUAACAAACACCUGAGUCAGGAUGCAGACGGGCUACAACAAGGUGUUCGCUAGCGAUGAGGCAGCGGCGUCCAGGAAGCAGCGCUACGUACGCAAGGAAGGAAACUGCGAGGUGGUUUUCCGCCACGUGCCGGCAGAGUGGCUCCUGUUCGUGACGGACAUCUUCACCACGCUGGUGGAGAUCCGCUGGAGGGUGAUGUUCCUCCUCUUCGCCCUGUCCUACAUCUUGUCCUGGCUCUUCUUCGGGAUCCUCUUCUGGGUCAUCGCUCUGGCUCACGGGGACACGCAGGACCCCAAGACGGCGCCGUGCGUCUACGAGGUGCGCAGCUUCACCGCCGCCUUCCUCUUCUCGCUGGAGACGCAGACCACCAUCGGCUACGGCGCCAGGGGGAUGUCGGAGAACUGCACGGCGGCCAUCUUGGUGGUCACCGUUCAGGACGUGGUCAGCUGCCUGAUCGACACCUUCGUCAUCGGGGUCGCCGUGUCCAAGAUGGCGUCCGCCAGGAAGCGAGCGCAGACGGUGGGCUUCAGCAGCUGCGCUGUCAUCAACCUCCGCGACGGCCACCUGUGUCUCUCCUGGAGGGUGGGUGACUUCCGCCGCCACCACCUGGUGGAGGGCACGGCACGCGCUCAGAUCGUGCGCUCCGCCGUGCACGCCACCGGCAAGGUGGACAUGACCUACGAGGACCUUCGCCUCCAGCAGCCGGACAUCGUCCUGGUCACGCCCACCACCAUCUGCCACCGCAUCGCCGCCAGGAGCCCGCUCUACGGGAUGAGUCCGGCCCAGCUGCGGCGCUCCGACUUGGAGGUGGUGGUGUCCUUCACCUACACCGACGACAGCACGGGAACGCUGCACCAGAGCCGCACCUCCUACACGCCGCACGACAUCCUCUGGGGACACGUCUUCCAGGAGAUGAUCCGCGCCGGCAGGAGGCGCUACACCGUGGACUACGUCCUCUUCCACCAGACCGCCAAGGUGCUGAUGCCCGAGCUCAGCGCUCAGGCCUUCGAGCUCAAGAAGCGCUCGCCGCGGCCGGGCUCGUCUCCCGACUCACGUCGCCCCGGCAACCUACUCCACCCGCCCGUGGUGACGGUGCGGUCGGCGAAGGAAGACCGCCGAGCGGAGACCAUCUCACACCCUCACGUGCUAACACCAUCUGACAUGCUAAUGCCACCUGUUGGCCUAACACCAUCUGACAUGCUAACGCCGCCUGUUGUGCUAAUGCCGCCUGACAUGCUAAUGCCACCUGUUGGCCUAACACCAUCUCACAUGCUAACGCCGCCUGUUGCGCUAAUGCCGCCUGACAUGCUAAUGCCACCUGUUGGCCUAACACCAUCCCACAUGCUAACGCCGCCAGUCGCACUGAUGUCACCUGACAUGCUAACAUCGCCUGUUGCGCUAAUGCCACCUGAUGCCACACGCAGAGAAAUGUGACGC